CCUUGCCAUCCAUAGUAACUUCCGGUCAUCAGAAUGCAGCCUACCAUCCGCUCCGGACCGCGCCUCCCCAGCCGCAUCCCAUCCGGACAACCUUUCCUCGUGGCUAUCACGAAGGAUCUCUACAGCGUCCCCCACAGACAUAUGCCCCUGGCUCGAGUCCAACGCGCCCUCCGCCCGCUGAGCUUUUUGGGUCCUAUUGUGACGGCGAAGGGGAGACCCUCAGCGAUCACGAGCGCCUUCGUCUGCGGCUCCUAGAGGAGGCGUACCGUAACAGGCCUCCGCCGACUUCAGGUGGCAGUGCGGAAGGGCGAUAUGGAUCGACACAUCACUCGCCGGACGAAUGGGCAAAUGGAGGGCAGAGGUGGUCGUGAUGCCAGGUGGCAACGUAAGCUGUUAUCCGUGUGCACGCACGAUUGUCGGACAAGUCGACUGGUUGUCUUAUGCCCAGUUGGAUGUGUGACGUCCAUCGUUCAGACAAGCACUGCUAGGACUUCUGAUCAGGGCAUGGACUUGCUUGAUGCUUACCGCAUAUUUGAUUGUCAAUCGCUGCUCGCUUGCUCUUGCUGUCAUUGAACUUCUUCUAUGUCUGCUUUAUAUUCUUGUCGCACUGUUUUUAUCGAUCAAGCACUAAUGGCCGCGUCGUUCCCUGUAUGUGUACCCUCCCCACUCUGUGCGGCUGAACCUGGUGGAUAUCUGUUGUAUUGUAACUUGACUAAUGAUCGACUCGUGCCGCUGUAUAAUGUCUUAGUAAGACCUGCCGUGUGGCUAUGUCAUGACGCAUGUAUUUCGUAGGAUUCUGACUGGUGUCAACAACAUAGACUUCUGC